AUUCUCGUUUAGCUUCUUGUGACGAGGUGUUUGUAGCCUUCAUCAUAGAUGCUAUGGCCUACUUGAUUGCUUUUAAACUUUGCCUUGUUUCUUCCAUGCCUUGUGUAAGUUUCUAUAUUUGUGAUGCUACCGUUGAGUCUGAUGGUUUGGCUUUGUUGACAGUAUCUCUUGGAUUCGUGCUUGAUGAAGAGGAGUUGCUCAUUCUAGCUUUGCUUCUGAACCUGGGGGUCUCGAUUUUGGUCGUACAGACAAUGAACUCCUCCUCCAGCAACAGCACAAACAGCGAUAGCAAUAGCAGUAACACCAAUUCCGGCGGUGUCAACCGAGAUCUGGACCCGUACUUCCUGGAACUGGCUCGGCUUGCCUCGUCUCCGACUCCCACCGAUAUGGACAAGGAUGAAGAGGCGCCAACGGAGCUCAAUACUAUUAACAGCUCCGGUGGGCUCAUUUUGGUGGCGCUGGAUAAGCUGUCGAUGAAGUACACGGGCAGGGGCCUCCAUUCGCACGAUGUAGGAGUCGCCCAGGCCAACAAGCCGGUGCCUAUGAAGCGGCUGUUUUACUACUUUGAGAUUUACGUGAAGGAUGCUGGGGUUAAGGGACAUAUAGCCAUUGGAUUCACCAGUGAGAAUUUCAAGAUGCAAAGGCAGCCCGGGUAAAUUUGGGGCUUUUUUUUUUUUUUCAUUCUUUAUUAUUAGUUGGACUGUGUUGCUUCAUCAUGGAGUUUGCUUCUAUUCCUAUGCCUGGUAACUGAAUCUUUUGCUUUAGUUGGUUGCUGGAAAAAGAGAGAAUAAAAAUUGGAAAUUUUCAGGGAAUUUUUGUUCGUGGUUUGAUUAUUUGUCCUGAAUUUAUGUUAAUUUUAUUGGCAAUAAAAGAAAAAGCUUCUUGUAAUUGAGGGACCAUAGAUUGUUUCUUGUAAUUUGGUUUUGAAUGGGUUCAUGUGAACUUUGGGCAGAAGAAAUUUGCUUUUAGCCAAUUUUGGCUUGAAAGUCCAGGUGUCUGCAAUUUGUCUCCACUAUGGAUCGGUUCCCGCCUCUUAUAGGGAAAGUUGCAAGACCUAGUCACAGACAUCUGGGGAUAAUCCACCUGCUUUAGUGAUGUGGAGCCAUUUGCUGAUCCUCGCCACCUCUCUCCAAAUUUCCUUAAAUUCUUCCUGGCUUAUCCCAACCUACACCUAGUUGGAUUGAUCACAUCAUCAAAUAAAGGGAUCUUAAAAUUUUUGUGUGAAAGUUCGAUAUUUGAGAUUAAGACAAUAUUAACAUUUAAUUUAAAAUUAAUUUGACUGCUAGUA